AUGUCUCUCGCAACCCUCCUUUCCUUACUGGGCCUUGCGGCUUUGGUCUCUGCUCUUCCACAGCAGAGCUCUGUAUCGACCAUCCCGACGACGACCACAUUCACUGACACCACCAUUUACUCGACUGUCGCCGUGGCCACUUCUCAAGCAUCGCUCUCCUCUGUCCUCUCCGCUGCCCAGAUCACGCAGGCAGCCAACGCCACAGCCCAUGGCGCCGUCGUUCCCUUCUCGGCCAAAUGCCCGUUGCCAGUGACAUCUACAACGACAAGCAGCAAACGCUAUGCACCCACGAUCUCCUGGCCACACCUUUCUGGCGGCAAAUACAUCAAUUGGAAAACGUACAAGGCCAAUGGUGCCAACCUUGGUGGCUGGCUCGAGAAGGAGAAGACGCAUGAUCCUAUCUGGUGGGAUCAAUAUGCUUCUGAUGCGGCUGACGAAUGGACUUUCUGUCAGACACUCGGGAAGAAAUGCGGCGCCGUAUUAGAAGCCCGCUACACCUCCUUCCUAAACACCAGCACCAUCGACCAGCUCGCAUCAGUCGGCGUCAACACUCUCCGCAUCCCGACCACAUAUGCAGCUUGGGUAAAAGUACCUGGAAGCCAGCUUUACACAGGCUCUCAACAAUUGCAUCUUCGCAGCAUCACCAACUACGCCAUCACCAAGUACAACAUGCACAUAAUCAUCGGCCUCCACUCCCUACCAGGCGGCGUCAAUAAUCUGGACAUUGGCGAGGCUCUGGGUCACGACGCGUGGUUUUACAACGCCACGAACCUUGAGUGGAGUUUCCUUGCCGUCGACGCCAUCCUUGCCUUCAUUGCCACCAACUGGAUCCUCACCUACCUCAACGGCGUCCUCAAGCGCGUGAACCUCUUCAACCGCAAAAUCCCCGUAAUGAUCCAAGACUGUUUCCAAGGCGCCUCCUUCUGGGCCCCCUUCUUCGACAGCAGUGACAACAUCGUCUUCGACUCCCACGUCUACUACUUCGCCGCCGCAGGGACCUACUCGGAGUACGUCCUCCCCGCCAUCUGCGGCCAGGCAGCUUACCUCGCCGAAUCGGAGACCAAGUUCCCGACUUUUGUGGGCGAGUGGGCGCUGCAGGUCAUGUUCAAUAACACGCUCGCUGGCCGUAAGGAGGUUUUCGAUACGCAGCGGUAUGCAUGGGAGAAGUAUGUGGCGGGUGGGAGUUUUUGGACGGCGGUUUCGUAUGCGACGACCGCCGUGGAUGGACAGGGGACUCAGAGGGAUUAUUGGAGUUAUAUUGAUCUCAUCAACACUGGGGUCAUUACAACGGCGACCAAUGCUUCGUAUUGCGAGUAG